AUGGCCCACCUGUUAAACCCUAGGGUUGGCUUGGAAGGACUCAGUGGUCGAUCUUCACGGGUGAAUUUACGCGCAAAUUCACAUAAAUUAACUCCUGCUGAAGAGGAUAAGCUUGUUCAAUGGAUCCUAGACCUAGCUUUACGAGGACUACCACCCCGGCCUGCAUUUGUGGAGAAUAUGGCUAAUCAUCUUCUUGCCAUACGGAAGCCUAGCCAUACAAACCACCCUCCUCGCGUUGGCAAGAACUGGGUGUCAAAUCUAGUGGCACGCCGUCCAGAGCUCCAAUGCCGCUUCUCAAGACGCUAUAACCAUGAUCGGGCCAAGUGUGAAGACCGCAGGAUUGUGGAGGAUUGGUUUAAGACCCUAGAGAGGGUAAUGACUGAGCAUGGGAUUGUGUUUGAAGAUAUUUACAACUUUGAUGAAGCUGGGUUUGCAAUGGGGCUCUGUGCAACUACCAAGGUCAUUACUAGUGCUGAGCACUACGGACGAGCAACUCUUAUACAGCCUGUGAAUCGUGAGUGGGUGACUGCAAUUGAGUCAGUCAACGCGUCAGGAUGGGCCCCUCCGCCGUAUAUUAUCCUCAAAGGUCACAAUAUUCAGGAAGGCUGGUUUGACGGGCUGCCGGAAGGCUGGAGAUUGGACGUUAGUCCUAAUGGCUGGACCACAGAUGAGAUAGGAAUCAAAUGGCUUACACGGCUGUUUAUUCCAGCUGCAAAUCCACGCAGGGUUGGAACCCAUAUUCUUCUUAUUCUGGACGGGCACGGCAGUCAUCUUACUCCGGAAUUUGACCAAAUCUGCAGUGAGAAUAAGAUUAUUCCUCUCUGCAUGCCACCACAUUCUUCACACCUUUUGCAGCCACUAGAUGUGGGUGUUUUUGCACCUUUAAAGCGCGCGUACGGAACCCUAGUUGAACAGCGAAUGCGGCUAGGAUUCAACACCAUUAAGAAGACAGAUUUCCUAGAUGCCUAUCCUGCAGCACGUCGGGAAGCCUUCAAGGCUUCAAACAUUCAAACUGAAUAUUCAACUCCGAACCCCUACUCCCCCAGCCAGCAGGUCAAGCAAUUCAACGUCAUCCUGGAUCCUACAAACACCUAG